CAGAUAUUGCUUGAAUAUGAGAAACUAUGUACUUCACUACACAGCGAAUAAAAUUUCCUCCGCUCGGUUUUGUGUACUGACCAGUAGCGUCCGUUAGCAGAUCUCAGAUGCCAACGGUAGUCAUCGUAAUAUAACGCCGGAGAAGAUGAUCGUUUGCGUCGCCGUCGUCGGCCACCAGAACAACCCACUGUAUCUGCAGAGCUUCACGGAGGCAGAUGACGCUCUUAAGCUUCAUCAUAUCGUGCACUGCUCCUUGGACGUGAUCGAUGAGAGAGUGAAUAAUCCCAAAAAAACCGGGCCUACAUUGAAUGAGACAUUUCUUGGUCUUCUUUAUCCAACUGAGAAUUACAAAGUAUAUGGAUAUUUGACUAACACAAAGGUGAAAUUUAUUUUGGUCACGAGUGAUCUAGAUGUCAAAGAUGCAGAUAUUAGAAACUUUUUUAGGAGGUUCCACUCGGCAUAUGUGGAUGCAGUUUCAAAUCCAUUUCAUGUUCCAGGGAAGAAAAUAACCUCUAGAACAUUUGCUGAGAGAGUCAGUAACAUUGUCAAGACUUUUGGAUUGAGUACGUCUGCUUAAGGAUUUCUUUGGGUGUGUAAGGUUUUCCUUUCUUUUUCUUUCUCUAAUUUGUGGGGCAGUCAAGAUCAGACAAUAUAAAAAACUAGUGAUUCUUCUUUUUUCCUUGUGUUAAUUUUCCGUCUCUUUAUCGAUCAUUAGAAAGUCAAGCUGAAGUGAGGUGUAAUUACUUUCUUACAUUGUAUUUUUGUAUUUUAAUUUUUAAAGAGAUUGUACUACCAUUCCUUUUCCAUUUGCUGUAUGGAUUCAAAAUUACUUGCUGAGUUGUGUUA